AUGGCCCUGACCAUGGAGUUGGGGAGACAGCUACAACUGAGAGAGGUGGAGGGGCUCCUCCUACAGGCUGCAACUGUGGACAACUGGAGCGAGAUCCAGAACUUUGAGGCCAAGCCAGAUGAUCUCCUCAUCUGUACCUACCCUAAAUCAGGGACAACGUGGAUUCAGGAAAUUGUGGACAUGAUUGAACAGAAUGGGGAUGUGGAGAAAUGUCAGCGAGCCAUCAUUCAACAUCGCCAUCCUUUCAUUGAGUGGGCUCGGCCAUCCCAAACCUCUGGUGUGGAAAAAGCCAACAUAAUGCCCUCUCCACGGAUACUGAGGACUCACCUUCCCACUCAGCUGUUGCCUCCAUCUUUCUGGGAAAACAACUGCAAGUUCCUUUAUGUAGCUCGAAAUGCCAAAGACUGUAUGGUUUCCUACUACCAUUUCCAAAGGAUGAAUCAAAUGCUUCCUGACCCUGGUACUUGGGAAGAGUAUUUUGAAACCUUCAUCAAUGGAAAAGUGGCUUGGGGUUCCUGGUAUGAUCAUGUGAAAGGAUGGUGGGAGAUAAAAGACAGAUACCAGAUUCUCUUCCUCUUCUACGAAGACAUAAAGAGGGACCCAAAGCAUGAAAUUCAGAAGGUGAUGCAGUUCAUGGGAAAGAAUUUGGGUGAAACAGUGCUACAUAAAAUUGUCCAGGAGACGUCAUUUGAGAAAAUGAAAGAAAAUCCCAUGACAAAUCGUUCUACAGUUCCCAAAUCUAUUCUGGACCAGUCCAUUUCCCCUUUCAUGAGAAAAGGAACUGUGGGGGAUUGGAAAAAUCACUUCACUGUGGCACAGAAUGAGAGAUUUGAUGAAAUCUAUAGACAAAAGAUGGAAGGAACCUCAAUAAACUUCUGCAUGGAACUCUGAGUAAAAUGUAGAUAAAAAUGUGGAUGACAAGAAUGCAGAUGCUAUCUUCAGUCCUUCAGCCCCAGCCAAAAGAAUCACCGAGAGCAUAUUGUAAAUGUGUAUGAUUAUGGUUCCAACUGUCUCUGUGAUUAUUAACAGUAUGUACCAACUUCACUUUUAAAAAGGAUCAUGUUUAAUGUUUAUUUUCUCAAUCAUUCUUUCCAAAGUAAGAAAUAA